CUUCAUUGUUCAAAUCAUUUCUCUCUCCCUUCAUACUUACUCUUUGUCAAGAUGAGUCAGCCAGAACAAACUGCUGAGCCUACAGAUAACCGUCCCCGUUUAAAUCAAAGGAUUCUUUCAUCUUUGUCAAGAAGAUCAGUUGCUGCUCACCCUUGGCAUGAUCUUGAAAUUGGACCUGAAGCUCCCAAUGUUUUCAAUUGUGUUGUGGAGAUCACUAAGGGAAGCAAGGUUAAAUAUGAACUUGACAAAAAGACAGGAAUGAUCAAGGUUGAUCGCAUUUUGUAUUCAUCAGUUGUUUAUCCUCAUAACUACGGCUUCAUUCCUCGUACUCUUUGUGAAGAUAAUGAUCCACUUGAUGUAUUGAUCCUUAUGCAGGAGCCAGUUCUUCCUGGUUGUUUCCUGAGAGCCAGGGCCAUUGGUCUGAUGCCUAUGAUUGACCAGGGGGAGACUGAUGAUAAGAUUAUUGCAGUAUGCGCUGAUGAUCCAGAGUACAAGCACUAUAACGACUUCAAAGAACUUCCUCCCCAUCGUCUCUCUGAGAUACGACGCUUCUUUGAAGAUUACAAGAAGAAUGAGAAUAAGGAGGUAGCCGUCAAUGACUUUUUGCCUCCUUCUACUGCCAUUGAAGCCAUCCAGUACUCAAUGGAUCUUUAUGCAGAGUAUAUUCUGCGCAGUUUGAGGCAAUAGACUAUAAUGCUAUCAACCAUAAAUUAUCGUAAGCCUCAUUUACAGAAGGUUUUUUAUUUUUGACUUUUUAGUAUACACUACAGACAACAGUUAGAGGUGUUAUUGGGUUUUAUCCGAUACUGAAUCUCUCCCCAGAUAAUAUAUUAUGGGAGAUCGUUGUUGAUUAUGUUUUGUUGAAAUUGUUUCUUUGUAUUGAUUAGAAUGACACCAGUUGUUUAGGUGAUAAAGACAAGGAACGACCAUCAACUUUUGUGGAAAUGUAUCAUGUGAAGUUCCUGUUGAUUGAAAUAUAAUUCAAUGUCA